UGAAAAUAUUACAUACUCUGGGAUUUGCAUUUGAGGUUAGUUCAUGGUUUGUUACCAUGUGUCAUGCUUACGGCAUUGUCAAUGGAUGCACACUUACUGCGUUAUAUUAUUCGACCUAUUUGAACAGCUUAUUUGUGGACAAUUAUUGGUUGUUGCAGACUCUGUUCGUUCGUGAGCACUGGAAGAUGAAAUAGCCAACCAGAGCUAACUUGAUAAAGUAACUUGGAAAUAUGUGCACCAUUCGAUAGUGACAGUCUGGAUGUGAUAGUACUUGUCUUGAUCAACCUGUGUCCCAAGCUUUAGGACAUUCAACUCAAAGGGAUACAUCAAGUGACCAUUGAACUCUUAAUAGUCUGAUGAGUUGCUUUGUAACUAUUGGUACAUCUAAUGUGCUUUACUCUUAAGUCGUUUUGGCUGGCCUUCUGUCUGUGUAUGGAUUAUUGGAUAAGCUAGCGUUUAUAUUCGUCAGUUGGCCUUGGAUAUUUGCUAGUCACAACUCAUUGUGUGCAGCGUGGACAGUUAUUGUUCCAAAUGGAUAUUGUUCACAGAGCCUUGGAUGCUGUCAGUGCCUCUGUAUUUCUGUAGUAAUUGUUAUUGUUCUUGCUCUACAAUGUGCUUUUAAAAGUAUUUUCUUCUCGGCUGUGCAUCAGUACCAAUUUGAUGAUUUUUCUAUGGUUGUGGUUCUAAAUGUUGGAGAGGACAUUCUUAUUUUAUGGUAACUUUAUAUUAGCUGAUUGUGCAGUUGAUUCCAUGAUAAAUAUUUCACGAUGAGGUUAGCCAUCCACUAUCAAACUAUUGUGGAUAGUGCGUGCUAGCCUGAGCUUUGUUUGAGAUGUGUGUUUGAUACUUUGUUGACAUUAAUGUAUUCGGCUAUGAAUAGAUUGGAACAACAUCAUGGGAUUGAGGAUGUUGAAUUAUAGAAACAUUGGAUAAUCUGAAGUGAGCUUUAAUAGUGCUGUCCAUUAUUUUGAGCUAAAGAGUAAGUUAGACAAUGUCAAUGUAUCAGGCUUUGAAUCACGAUGAAACGAAUGGGGAAACUUCUUUGAAUCUUGCGAGCUGGAACAACAACAACAUGGAUUAUCAGCGUCUUCAGGCAUGUAACGGUAGUCCGAGGAAUUCACAGGGGAACCACAGUGCGAUGCCUUCCAUCCCGGGCCUAACGCGAUGGAACUCAGACACAGAUCGCGUGGACUUACAAUACAAACAAAUGGACAAACCGUCCAAUCCGCUCUGCCUCCAGGGCUGGAAAGGCUGGAUUAUUAAGAUACUCAUAUUAUUAGUCUUCCUUGUCAUAGGGGUUGUUGUUGGCUAUCUCAUCCGUCGUCAAGUUCAUGAAGCAUACAUUAAGCCAACAAACACGUGUCCUGCAACGAAAGUGAAGGACUAUAGUAGCAAAGUUAGUGAAGAUAUUUUGUCAUAUAUUCAUGCUGGAGACAUCAGGGAAAAAUUAAAGAGUUAUUCUAAAAACGUCCAUAUCGCAGGUAUAAAAAACAACAACCAGUUGAUGGAAGAUAUGAAAAAAUCAUGGGUGAACGCUGGUCUAGAUGACACCAAAGUCAGCACAUAUAACGCGCUCCUUUCCUACCCAGACCCAGAGAAGCCCAACCUGAUCUCGGUUAUAGAUGCGAAUGGGACAGUCCAGUUCAACUCCAGUAUCAGUCAGGCAGCUAAAGAUAACCCUCUUCUUCUACCGUACAGUGCAUAUGCUCCCAAUGGGACAGUUGAGGGGGAGCUAGUUUAUGCUAAUUAUGGCACGGUGGAAGACUUCAAGAACCUGAAGGAUAACAAAAUCACGGUGAAGGGAAAGAUUGUGUUAAUGCGGUAUGGACGAACAUUCAGAGGGGACAAGAUUGAACAAGUGGAACAACAGGGAGCCAUCGGUGCCAUAUUGUACACAGACCCAUCCGAUUACGCGAAAGACAUGACGGAGGUUUGGCCGAAUGGAUGGUGGAUUCCGGGAGAUGCGGUGCAGCAAGGAAAUGUGCGAUCGGUCGGGCGGGGCGACCCUCUUACACCGCAUUGGCCCUCUAUUGAUGGUGCCUACCGCAUCCCUGAGUCUGAUGCAGCCCUACCCAAGAUUCCAGUCCAACCAAUCGGAUAUAGUGAUGCCUAUAACCUUAUGAGGCUGAUGAAGGGACCGACAGACAACUAUUUCAAAGGUGCGAUGAAUGUAUCAUACGGUAUGGGACCUGGAUUCAAGGAACCAAACCAGGACUGGAAAGUGAGAUUGGAGGUGAAUAAUUACAGAGAGAGAAGGAAUAUAACGAAUAUCAUUGGUUACAUCAGAGGGAGUGAGGAGCCGGACCGUUACGUGAUCAUUGGUAACCAUCGCGACGCCUGGUCGUACGGAGCCCAAGACCCUGGCAGCGGGACAGCGGUACUUUCUGCUCUGGUGGCGGCAUUUGGAAAAUACCACAAACAAGGAGAAUGGCAGCCAAGAAGAACUAUCAUCUUUGCCAACUGGGACGCAGAGGAGUUUGGCCUGAUCGGGUCAUACGAAUGGAUUGAGGAACACGCACAAGAGCUGACAGAUCGUGCCGUGGCUUACCUGAAUAUGGACUCGCCAAUCAAAGGGAAUUACAUCUUCGCUGCUUCCUCGAGCCCACUUCUAAAACAAGUCAUCUACAACUCGACCAUGAAAGUGCCGUGUGUCGAUGAGGGUCAUCCGAACAUGACCGUGUUUGAAAGGUGGUCGGGUUUAUCAUCUUAUAAGGACAGUGAUUAUAGCGAGAAUCCACAGAUUCGCUCGCUCGGAGCAGGCAGUGAUCAGACUGGGUUUCUCCACACGAUGGGUAUUCCCUCCAUGUACCCAACCUAUAGGAUGGACAAAAAAAAGUACGGCCUGUUGCCUUCCAUGCCGUUCUACCACACCCGGCUAGACAUCUUCGAUAUGAUUGAUAAGUUUGUCGAUCCCGGCUUCCGUGCCCACGAGGCGUACACCAAGGUGAUGGCUGAGGCCCUACUGGAGUUAGCGGAGGCAGCAAAACUCCCCCUAGAUAUUCGCACAUACGUCGAUGUGCUGGAAAGCUCAUUUAAAUAUGUCAAGGACCACUUUGGUGCCAUCCUUGCUAUCAAGCAGAUCUCUUUAGAUUCCUUACGUUCUUCCAUUGAUUUAUUUAAAACAUCCGCAGCGGACUUCCUCAUCCAUUUCAACCGUAUUGAUACAAAAAAUGUCCUCCAGUUGCGAGAAGUGAACGACCGUCUACUUCAAGUCUCCAGAGCCUUUGUUUACGAGCCAGGUCUCCCUGGGUCACCUCAACUCAAAAAUCUGCUUCUUGCCCCGAGCAAGCGCAACUGGUAUCGUUCCAGCCCGUUUCCAGGCAUGACAGACACCAUCCUCGAUGCCACGACCCCCGCUGACUAUGAAGUUGUCAGGCAACAGGUCUCCAUUCUGACGAUAGCCAUCAAGGCAGCGGAGAGGAUCCUUGCCGGUGGGGUGGUUGGGAUUGACGAUGCAGUCUUAUGAGGAGUGGUAUUCGCCUGACCGUUCAAGCAUUGGAGGGGUUAACAUUUUGAUUAUUGCCGUAGUUUAGUCUAAUGUACAUUGUAAGAUCGUUUCGGUAACUUAGAAAUGUGGUUGGAAGAGGCCUAUAGUGUGAUGGUGCAAAAAAAACUUGUACAGUAGAACCUCUCCAUUAGGGACGACCUCGGGACUGACAAGUCCUGUCCUUAAUACAGAAGUGUCCUGAUUAGAGAGGUCAAAUUGAAUGGAAACAACCAAUUUAGGGCCGAACCUAGUGUCCUUAAUAGAGAGGUUGUCCCUAAUAGAGAGGUGUCCGCUAAGGGAGGUUCCACUGUAUAUCUCUUUGAUACUGAAAGAAGGUUCUCUGCUCAUUAAAAAAAGGACAUCAGAAAGGUGUAAUAUUGUUAGGAUUUCAUUGUUACAUUGUUAUGUCUCCAAAUCUUGAACGGGUUUUCUGUCUGUGUCAUAUGUUACCACGAAAGGCUCUGUUUUCUGGGCCGACUGAACCAUUUUGGUUGCCAUUUCAUACAGGGUUUUAUAUCGAAGCACUCCCAUUUUCCAUGAACAGGCACAGGAUAGAGUACAUAGAAGGGUGCGAUGAGACAGAAAAUUUUAAAAUCCGGUCGGUCACAUUGGGAUUCCUAGUGUCAGCUGUUUAUAUAUAAAAAUGGUAUGAGAUUUCAGACAUUGGAGCUGAUAAGGGUUGACCAUAGCCACCACCAUUUUGGCUGGAACUUGAAUUCCUAAAGACACUAGAACUCAAUGUCCAUUUAAAACCUGUGAGGCUGUUUUCUGGAUAGCAAAGAACAGUCCACCCUUGAAAAUUGCAUUGACUUCAUUUUGAAGGAGUUCUUAUUGCUUUAGGAUUUUAAGUUCCAGCCAAAAUGCUGGUGACUGAGGUUAAACCUCAAGUAAAGUCAGUCCCAUGCCAAGGUUCCCGGAGUCAUAUAGAACAAUGGUGGAGUUUUCUUCAGUUUCGUGGACUGGAAAAUACUGGGGGAUUUAGCUAGUUGGCCUAGAGCCAUCCAACUAUAACUAAUAGGACAUAAAAUGUGACCAGUUGGAUAUUAGAAUGCAGUUUUAUCAUUGUAUUAACCCUCUGUAGUUAGCUAUAUUUUGCUUGCGGUGUAUUUGCACACGUGGUGUUUUUCUCCACAAUUUUUGGUUUGAAAAAUUAGUUGUCGUUGACGUGUUGAGAACGUUCGAGGAAUGUUUGAGAAUAAUUCGCACUCAAAUGCUGAUUAUGGAAUAUGUUGCACAGCCAUGCAAGCAGAGAUAUAUUGUCUGCGCUCCUCUUUAGUGUUGAUUCAGAAAAAAAUUAUAAUACCGAUAGCAGCUAACUUGAUCUCAAAUCAUUUUGCAUUUAAAUACGUUGGCUUUAAAAUUUCAAAUAUAUUGGACUUAAAUCUCAAAUACAAUAGCCCCCUAUUUAGUAGAUUACAUUUGUACAAUUUUGCGCUGUAAAAUUCUGAUGACAAAUAUGGAAGUUUUAUCUGUGUGCGACAAUAGUACUUGAGUUCAAGGCCAAAACAAAAAAAGGGUUCGUGUGGUGUCACAGAGUGUUGGUGACAUCACAGAGUGUCGGUGACAUCACAGAGUGUUGGUGACGUCACAGAGUGUUGGUGACGUCACAGAUGGCGUCCAAUGUGAUGCAACACAUAAAAGUACAACUGUCGCCACGAUUAGUUUGUGACACCCCUUGUCCUUUUCUUGCCUGUCAUAGGCCUAUCUCCAUUUUAUUGCGAGGCCAUAAGAGUUACAUAGUCAUGAUCUACGUGAAAUUUCAAAUCAAUGUCGCCGGUCAUUUGCCGAAUUAAAAAGUUUUAUUUGAGAAAUAUUCAUAUGGUUUAAUGCUAGCUAUAAAUAAGUAGAAGGAUUGUUUGAUAAACGUUGUCACUGCUCACUGAAGUUCUAACAGCAAUGUCAAGUUAUAUGUUAUUGAUUUACAUUGGAAAUAUUAUUGAUUGUAACUCAAUUGCGGUCAAGAAUCAAUAAGGACUACAUGUAGUCUUUAGUAAUUCUUGGUGUGAUGGAGCAACUUGGUUGACUGUAUUUUGGUGCCGAGAGAGGCAUUGCUUGUACAUUUCAUGCUUGCGGUGUUGGAAGGGAUAAAUGCAUACAGUAGAACCUCUUUAUUAGGGUUGACCUUGGGACUGACAAGUUCUGUCCUUAAUACAGAAGUGUCCUGAUUAGAGAGGUCGAAUUGAAUGGAAACAACCAAUUUGGGACCAAACUUAGUGUCCUUCAUAGAGAGGUUGUCCCUAAUAGAGAGGUGUCCAAUAAGGGAGGUUCCUCAACUGUGUGUAAAUUCUAUACUUGCAGUUUCACAUAUUUUAUAUAAAAGUGUCGCCAUGGGUCUUAUCGAACGUUAUAAUCACAACAGUGCCCUUAACUGACUGGCUCGAGUCCACAAUACAACAUUGUAUACCAUACAUGUAAUACAUGUAAAUGUAUCAGUCUCAAAUGUACAUAAUAUUUUCGUGAUCAAGCGAUGUUUAUAUCCGUCUGGCGAAGGCCUAUUUAUAAGAAGUAGGAAUUCAUAGAAUGAAAACUGGACAUUCAAUUUCAAGGUGAAAUUUGGUGAUACUAUAUCGACGUCUUUAUUUUCACAGCUCUUAAUAUUGCGAAAACAUCUUUUCCAGAAUUUGUUGAAACAGCCGAUUUUGUUGAUAGAAUGUUGAGAAUGUUCACUUUAUUUUGUUUGAGAGAUGACUGCGUUGUUUCCUUAUCUUGUUAUCACAGUAAUGAAACAUGAUGUUUUUCAGUGAUUGUUGUUUCCAGUUAAAUUUUAGUGCAGCAACAGGUGUGACAGACUAGCACGUUAAGUCCGCAUUUUGCUUUAUUUUACCUGCAAGGGUCAAAUGACGAGGUACAGUCCAAAUCACAAUUGCCAUCUCUAAAUUUGCGUCAGUGGCAUGCCAUUGAUGCGCUACCUAGCGUUUAGAUGGCCUAGUGCGUUGGCGUGUGUAAAAUACGUGAAACAGAGAAAAUUGCCUCACUGGUGCGCAAUUGACGUGCAACGCACAUGUACGUUGCAUGUCAAUGAUGCAAAACAGGCUGAAUGUUAUUUGUGAUUAGGACUGUAUGGCAGAUAAAGAAAAAUACAAAAUGCUGAAGUGACUCGCCAGUCUGUCACCAACCUAAGAUUGAAGUUAAUAAUGGAAACUACUCUGUUUUAUCGUUUAAAUCUGGUGACGAGUAACUGUGCCCCCUAGCGGAUUCGUUGGACCAUUACACCAUUGGUUCGUAUCUUUUUGCUGUCAUUACAGUCGGAAAGCAAAAGUGGAAGCACAGUAGAACCUCUCUAUUGAGAACGCCCUGGAGACUGACAAGUGCUGGCCUUAAUACAGAGGUGUCCUGAAAAGAACGAUCAAAUUGAAUGGAAACAUCAAUUUGGGACCAAAAAGAGUGUCCUUAAUAGAGAGGUUGUCCUUGAUAGAGAAGUGUCCGCUAAGGGAGGUUCCACUUUAUAAAGAAUGUGAUCUCUGUCAGAGUGUCGUACCUCCAAAUCUCUGUCAUCAGUUUUGUAUUUUUCAAGUUUUUGUUGAUGUUUCUGUUACAUCUAUAUCAAUUCUUCAGGGAAACGUCACAUUGUGAGAAAUUUUGGAAGUGCAAGGUGAUAGAUUGUUGGUUGCACAACAGUGUUUUCAAGAGUUAGUAGAGUCUAGAUUCUAAAUUUUAGUAACUUUUUCCUUGAUUGGGUAAUAUUGCACUAGGUAUGAGGACAUUUUUUCAUUCCUUAAGGGGUUUUUUGGGAAACACAGUUGAUAUUUUACCUUCAGAUUGGUGGGCGUUUGCUGUCUUACAUCUCACCUGAAGGAAGAGCUGGUAAAAAGUCAGCAUAGCUGUGUAGUGGUUUCAAGUCUUGGCCAGCAUUGACAGGAGAUUGUAUGCUUUCAUGUCAGGCUGGGAAUGACAAAAUGGUCAUAUUUUUCUAAAAAAUGUCAUUGCAAGGCCAAGGAAUCCGAUUUGGUGGUGGAUUUUUAAAAUUGUAAAUAAUGCGUGGCUUAUACAAAAUAGUGUUAACUCCAUAUCCUUUUAGUAAACGUUGUCCAUCUGCAUCUACAUGUAGCUACAUAUCAUGUAGCUGCGGUACAUAUCCCUACAUGUACAUGAAGUCUGCAAAAAACCAGGUUGGGUCAAAACUGGGAAGACUGUCUACUCUCUAAUUUGGCACUUUUGCAAAGAUUCGAUCUUUGUUCCAGUUGGGUUUUUAGGGCACCUAAGAAUGGGAAACAUGUACAUUUGUAGUUGUUUUGACCGAUAAAUCAUGUGUAAAUACAACAUCUGCCCAACCAUAUUUCUAUCUAUCUGAGGUGAGUGAGUUGUGGAGGUUAACCAUGCUAGGUGCAGGAUCAGAAUCGUUUGUUUUCAGUUCUCGCUCAGCUGGCAUAGUGGGUCAGCCACGACUGAAAAAAGAAUAUUUGAUAAAUUCUGCCAAGGAAUUUCAACAGUAUUUAAGGUUUCUUGGUUUACCCAUUAGCUGCGGAUGACAUACCCAGCACGUCAUGUACACGACCCCAUGACGUGCAGGUGAUGUGCAUAGCACGUCUUACCCUACUCGAAUAUUAUUUCAUCAGCACUGGGUCGCACCAUCUCUAAACAUGCCAAGCGCAACUGGGGUUUAUUAGUUUCAGCCUGAUAAGUACAAAUGCGACACUUUUGAAUCCUUACAGGUCAUUAUUGGUGUCCUUCGUCAAAACAAGGUGGUGCCAGCUCAAAAAUGGCUGCCGCAGUGAUAGGAUUAAUUUGCUGGAAAGCUGGGUGACUUUGACCCUUGGAUUGAUUCAAUAAAGGCAGCGAGCGUGGGAAAUGUGUGGUUUUGUCAGGUAUUGGGUUAUUUUCUAAAGGAGUUAUAUUGAGUCGGUGUUUGUAACUGACCACGCUGCCUGUGAAAGAAGCAAGAAGCAAAGUAAACUGGCAUGAAUUCUCUCGUUAGCACAUAUCAUUAUUCAUAUUCCAAUUCAGGUGAAUGGGGAGAUUUACCAUGUGGUUCAAGGUGUAAAUGAGUGUUGGUCAGUCUAACACUCAAGGCAACAGUCACCUGGGGUUACAGUACUAAAUUCCAGAACUAUUUUGUAGCAAACUGCUUUGUAAAAUGGAACACAUUGGUCAAAACUCACGGAUUGAAAUAAAGGAAGUUUUCACAAAA